UUCAGUUUCUCGGUCGUCUCGUCAUAAUUACUCUUGGCGACCGCUCAUCUGAUGUCCCCUCUGCAGUUAUUGAAAUUCUGCAGACUUCAUAACUGGCCUAAAUGCGCUCGUUUUUCAACAAGCCUUCAUGGGCGAGCAGGGGGGACGAGCAAGCAGACCCUAAUUUCUACCGCCAUGCUGGUCAAGUCUACAAUGAUAUCAUCGCUACAAGCCAAAAAGCACGUGCUGGACGACUAUCAGCAGAGACAGAUAGCCCCAAGCGUCGACGUCUUUCUUCCAGACAAUCCCCAGACAACACUUUAGAUCGGCCCUCCAAUAAUGGUGAAGUGUCGCAUAAUAUGGAACGAUCAGCGAACGCUGAGCCUGGCUGUUGUGAUGACUUACAAGAGAAGAAUAGCAGCAAUAGUCCUCAAUUCCGGACCAAAUCCAUUGGUAUCUCGGUUGCAACUACAAUGAUGGCCGACAUGCACAGAUGUGAGUCAUCAGCAGACAUGAACCUGAUUGAUACUGAAACAUCUGCUGCUGGCUCAUCACUUGCGGAGGGUGUGAAGAAAAACACGACAGCCCCCGCCAAAGAAGGCUCACAUCAUCAGGAUGUUGAAGGAAUUGAUCAAGCUGCUAUAUCUCAUAAUCACCAUGUCGGGCAUAGUGAAGCGAUAGUUCAGAUUCUCAUUACUUCGAAAAUUGCAAAUACCAAACCGUUGAUUGUUCGCCGGAAAAUGCACCAGCCGUUAAAAGAUGUUCGCCUAGCAUGGUGUAACCGUCAACAAUUUUCCAAAGAAACACAAGCUUCUGUCUUCCUGACUUGGAAGGGCAAGAGGCUAUUCGAUGUUACCACAUGCCGAAGUCUGGGAAUUCAGACAAAUCGGGGUAGUGUUUUCGGUUUGAAGGAAUACGAUCCCUUCCAGGUAGAUGGCGAAGAUAUACAGAUUCACAUGGAAGCUGCCGUUGAAGAUAGUCUCAGUACUAGUCUACACCAGUCGCCGAUUGUGACCGACUCCAAGUCUAUCUCGGAACCUGCAGGUUCGACUGAAGGAAGUUCAUCUGCCGACAGGGUUAUUCUAAAAUGCCCUGAUUAUGGUGAUCUGAAGGUAAAGCUCAACUUGGAGAUGCAGGUAUCACAGCUAGUUGCUGCCUUCCGUGAUGCCAGGAGAAUCCCCGCGGAACGUGAAAUGUUCCUGGUAUUUGAUGGAGACCGCUUAGAUCCCCACUCAUGCCUUGCAGACCACGAGCUUAUGAAUAAUGAUCUCGUGGAUGUCAUUGUUAGGUGAAUAGUAAAGAUAGAAGGUCUGGAUUACGAUUAACAUUACAUCUUCGAGAGAAAUGAGCUUGGAGACUAACAUAUGCAAAAGGGGAAAUUUCUAAAUAACAUAAACUUCUCCGUGGCUAUAAUGGCUUGAGUCUUUCCUUUUUGUUCUUCUGUUAUUCGGCUGCGUUUGCCCCUGCAAACACCCUAUAUUAUCCACCAACAUACUAUCAAUUCAUUGAACUGUAAUGCAGGUGAUGUUUGUGUUGCUAUUUGAUUCGUUUCGCUAUACAUCACAUUGUGUACUGCAGGCACUACUCCGUAUAUUCAUAUACAUCCACUUCGAGAAUGGCCAAGGCCUGAUCUG